AUGCAGGUGAAAAAAACUUCAAAAAAGGAGAAAGGAGCAAAUAUAGAGAAAAAAAUUUUUUUACGAAAGAGCAACAAUGAUCCGGAUCUGUUUCUUAAGAUCUUGUCCUCGCAAAAGAGAAAGAAAAAAUUUUUUUUCGAAAAAAAGAGCAAAUUAUAUUUUUCAUUUCCGUUCGGCGUAAAGUUGUUUUAAAUGAAGAUAAGUCAUAUUAGAGUGUCCAACUAACAGAAAGAAGAAGUAUCAUAACGAGGCGACACUUCGCUAAAAAAAAAACGUCUUUUUCGGAGCGAUUUUCGCGCCAAACUAACACAAUUUUUGAUUUCGAAACAGGAAGCGCUGCUUCCAACUUAAGACGCACUAAGGUCGUGAUGAUUAGUCUCUCCACUAAAGCAAAUACAAAUUAAACGCAAAAACAGAGAGAAAAAUAAUGCAGAGUGUGAAUUUGAAAUCAUUAAAAGAGUAUAAUAAUGAUAUUGCAGCCCUCAGAUUGUAUAACGAAGAAAGUUGUUGAAUAUAAAUGUAUGAAUUCAUGAAGAAACGAAAAAUGAUGAAAGAGGAAUUUGAAUUUGAAAAAUCCAAAUUGAGCCGCUAAAAUUUUGAUUCAAAAAAGAAACUCUGGUUGGAGUCCUUUUUAGGAAAUGGCGCCGCUCCUUUAAAUUUCAAACACAGUUACGACACUUUGCGGAGAAAACUUUUCAUUAUUCUUCCAUUUCCAAAAAAUUCAAUUACUUUGUUAUUUUUUUAAUUUCUGUGUUUAUUUAUAUGAUUAGCAGAAUUUUAGCUGCUGUUUCACAAAGAGUUUGAGUGCGAAGUCUCCGAGGUUUCUUUACGGUAAUUUUGAAAAAAAAACUUAAAUUUAAUUCGGUAUACUUUUCAGGUUAAAUGCCGUCAUUGUUAGCCUUCGGCAGGAAAUGGAACAUAGGUAGCGAUGAUUUUGUUUUUCCUGGAAUAACCGAAGCUCUAGUGAGGCUAACAUGGUAAGUUUUGGUCGGGAACCAGUAAUUAAACUCAUGUUUUCAGGGUCGCCUUCGGUGUUUCUGUUUUUGUUUUCCAUUUUCCAUUAUCCUGUUCAACACAUAGUCUCACACCUCACAUGUUGAUACUGUUAAGCAUAAACAUAGCUACAAUAGUUUUAGGUUUGGGAAUGAUUUCGAUUAGCUAUUUAUGUGAGAUUCUUCAGCGACGGUAACCGCUCUCGCGUCUUCGAAAGGUGCUAUAAUGGAUUCUGGGACAAGGAAAUCCAUUCCGCUUUUGCUGUAUUUGAGAUUACCAAUAUUCUUAAUCGAAAUAGUCGCUUGCAUAGUUGCAACAAGUUUUUCUUUUUGUAAGUUUCCAUAAUAUUAUGUUUUGAAAAGAAUGUUUGAUUUCCAGCCGCUGUGCCAGACCAGGGCCAGUGUCACUUCACAAUUCUAGUUCGAAUAACUGUAGCUCUGGAAUGGCUACUGAUUAUUGCCGUCGUGAUUGGAGUUGUGAUGGUUUUCCACGUUUCCGACGACGACAUCGAGGACGGCACCAUGAUCGCCAGGAGGAUUUGGUCGAGAAGAUUCCGAAUAGUUGGUUUCAUUCUCAGAAUUUCUUAAGUUUUUGGAUUUCAGCUCAAAAUCGGACAGGACAGUGUGAUGAGGGCGGCGAUCGACGACGUCGCCAUUCUUGUGGCGUCGUUUUUUGUCGAUUCCGACCUCGUUCUGAGCGACAUCAUCGCCGGUCUUCUUCUCGUCUAUCAUUCCCCAACCAAUAAUUAUUCUCCUGUUGUAAUGCGAGAAAACCCAGGUUAUUUUCAAAAAAGGAUUUUUCAAUUAUUUUUCAAUUUUAUAGUAACACCUUCCUGGAUGACUCUACAAAAUGCCAGGCAUUAUCUCGAUUAUGCUACAUCGGUUUACGGAUGGCCGACUUUCGUGAUGCAUAAUUGCUCCAUCGCACCUCUUUGGAGGCUGGCGCGAAGUCUUCAGUGCUGUGGCCAGUGGAGAAGUGAUCAGGUACAUUUUGUAUGCUUUUUGUCGGAAGUGCAGCAUGAUAAAGGCAUUUGAGCAGUAAAAAUGGGGCCCAGGUUUAAAGUAUCAUGUAGAGCUUUUCAUUGCGAAUCGAAUGGUCUACCCCAAAAAGCAUAGAUAUGAGUUUUUUUUUUUAAAAAGCCCCGAUUUCAUUUUUCCGCCUUCCAAAUUUGAAAUAUGCUUUAGAUCGGUGUAGAGCGAACUUUUUUACAUAGAUAUUUGAAAGAAACGAAGAAAAAAAGCAAAAAAAUACAAAAAAAUGGCGAAGCGUGUUGGCCAUACAGCAACUUUACUGCAAAGCGCCUUUUUGGCGGAAACCUAAAAGUUUUGAAAAAAAGUAGGGAAAAAAAUUGAAAUAGGAAGAAGAGGUUUCAUGAAAUCAACGACCCACAGAAGUCUUUCCAUAAUAAAAUAAGCUUUUAAAAAAAAGCUGUACUCUUCCUCUUGACCCUUCAAAGAAUGACUGACGCUUCUUCAAAAAAACUCGGCAAACAUUUUUUUUUUCGUCCGGUCAUGUUCGGAAAUCAAAAAAUGCUCAAUUUUCCUUUAUGGGGGAAUGUGCGGGUUUUCACAGAAUGGGGCGCUUUUUUGUGUUACAUCGCAAAUUCAUGAAAAAAACUGGCUUUUUUUCGAAUAUAGUAAUUAUUAAAAAGUGGAGCAAAAAUUAUUGCUUUUUUGAUUACUUUUUAUCUAUGUAGUAGCUCUUCUGUAUUUUGAAAUUAUUUUUUCAACAAUUUUUCAAGAUUUAAAGAUUUGCGCCCAUAAGUUUAUUUUUACGAUCUUUCCGGUUUAUUAAAGAUUUCAUGAACUUUAGAAAACCGCCUAGUGAUGAGCUUGUUUGUGAAAAAUGAAAGAAAGUGCCAUAAAACUGAAAAAUUUAAGAUUGAGGAACGUCCGUUUUUUAUAUUUGCGAUAGGGAAUCAAAAAGCGGUCGUUUUUAAUAGACGGUUUUUGUAGCAUGCCUCAUCUGAGCCGUUUAAAAUCGUAAAAGUCCCUAUGAAAUGGUAUUUCAAGAUUCCUGUGUUGUGAUGUCUGAUAAUUAACGCUUCGAUUAAUUCUUUAACACUUGAUUUUCAUUUUAUAGAAGUUUCAGGGGAAGGCGAUGGUCGUGGAGGACAAUUGCUGCUAUUGCAACACCUCGGCGUUGAUUCUCUCAACGGAAAGCAGAAAUAUCGACCUUCUUUUCAUCUCCUUCCGGAACCGUUUGUAUGAGGUUUCUUUAUUUUUGAAGAAAUUCGAAAAUUGUGAGUUUUCAGGUUCCAUUCGCCGUUCUCGUUGAUCAUGCCCAGAAAAGUGUAGUCGUGACGAUUCGAGGAUCUUGUUCACUUAUCGAUUUGGUCACCGAUUUGUGCCUUGGUUAGUGGAUUUUAAGAUUUUUUGAAGCAAUUUUGAAAGGUCCUAUCGGUUUUUAAAGCAUUUUGAAGUUUUUUUCAUUACAUCUUUUCUUAAUUUUUGUUUCCUUAAUUUUUCUAUUUUCCCUGAAAAUUUCAACUUUUUUUAAUCAAUAUUUCUCAUUGUGUUUCUUCUGAAAAGUUUCUUGCUCCAUUCUUUGAAGUAUUUAAGGUUCUCUUUUGAAGAAAUUGAAAAUAAUAAUCAAUAAGUUUAAAUUAUUCCAUCAAAAUAAAUUUUCAAAAAUGAGUUUGAUGAGUUUUUCCUAAGUGUAUCUAGUGAAAUUAGCCUUUUUCUACUUUUAUUAUGGCAUAACAUAACUUUCCUGUUUCCACUGGAAUAUCUAUUUAUUUGGGUAAGUGACUAUAUGUUCAUUUUAUCUUGGUUUGAUUCAAGAUAUUGUUGUGAAAUCAAUAUCGGGAAUUUAUAUGAUGCAAUUUAAAAAAAAAAUUAGAGGAGUACAAAAAAAUUUUCGAUUUUUUGAAAUGAGAAGGUUUUGAUUGAAAUGCCUGAUUCAGGCCGGUUUCUGCUUUUCUUUUUCUAUUUUCAAUAGUUUAGCCAUCUCUUUUCACUUUCAGAUGACGAACUGAUGUCGGUGAACGUCGACGCGGACGCGACUUUGAGAGAAGACGAAGAAUUGGACGACGAGGGAGAAGUUCGGGUCCACCGGGGGAUGUUGCGAAGCGCCCGGAUUAUUUUUGAUACUCUCAGGUUUAUUUCUUGAUCUUUUGACUAUAGAGAAAAUACCCUUGUGAUUUCCAGAAAACACAACUUGAUAGAAGACGCCCUUUUGAUGAAUCCAACUUAUGAAUUGAUCGUUUGUGGACAUUCCCUCGGCGCCGGCGUCGCUUCUCUGCUUACGAUUCUCUUAAAGUUGGUUUUUUUUAAAGAUUUUCUUCUCCAACUGAUGCUUCAAUUGUUUUUUUCUCGUAUAAGAGCUUGUGAGAUCUUUUUCCUGCCCGAAAAGCUCAUUUCCUGAUUUUUCACUUGGUUUAUCUUUUUUUAAUUUGUGGUUUUGUAUAAAGAAAAAAAGCAGAGAAAUUUUAAUUCCUAUUGUUCCCAUGAAAAUUCCAACCAUUUCAUAGACUUUUUUCCCAAAAUUUUGGCAAUAAUGGCAUCCAAAUUUUCCUAAAUUGAGUUUGAGGGGUUUUUCGUUGUUGUACCUUUGUGAAUUUUUUUUUGUGGAUUUUAAUUUUUUUUUUUUUCGUUAGAGGCCUUUAGAAGCAUCCGGGUUUUUUUUCUGAAAUUAGUAUCAAACUAAGAUGAGGUCUAUCUAAUCAAUCUAAGAAUUUUUGAGUUUCCUUCUGUUCUCAACUAAAUUUUAAGUAUACAUUAGUUUUCUUAUCCUUAUUUUGUCGAAAAUCUCUUGAAAAACUGAACUUUUUUAAAGAUCAUAUUUUGAGAAAAAGGAAAAAUAAGUUUUUUCUUUUUUUCCCAGACAACAGUUUUCGUUUGUUAAAUGUUGAUAAUCUGGAAAAAAAUGGAUCCCGAAUUUUUUUCUGAGUUGAGUAUCGAACGAGAAGAAGGGUCUAUCUAAAUAUUAACUCAGGGAUUUUUAAUUUUCCUUUUUUUCUCAAUUUUAAUCUCCUUCUUCUAGUUUUCUGAUCGUUAUUCUUCACUUAAUUUUCAUUUCUAUCAGUUUGAUUAAUUAUUUUGUCGAAAAUUGCUCAAAAAAGCCCUUAUCUUUUUUCUCGAAACAUGAAUCUCUUUUCUUUUUCCAGACAACAGUUUCCGUUUGUGAAAUGUUUCGCGUUUUGCCCCCCGGGAUGCGUCAUCAGCGUCCACGGACAGAAAGAAAUGCAGAAAUACGUGAUGAGUAUCGUGACUGGCGAUGACGUCGUCUCCCGAAUCUCCUACCAGGUUCUCCCGUUUCAGAGAGACUUCGUAUCGAUCUAUCGAUUCUCUUCAGGCCCUCCAUCAGUUGCGAAUCAAAGUGUUCAAAGAACUGCGCGCCUGUCAAAGCGCCAAACACAAAAUUUUGAUCCGUGGCGUUUUUCGGCUCUUCGUCAAGUCGUUCUGGCAAACUGGCGGUGGUUUGGGUUUGUUUUUUUUAUUUUUGGAAGGGAUCUGGAAAUAGAGAAAAUUUUGAAUGGAUCAUAUGAACCAAAAAUUGAGGGGUGCUUUACCAAGGAUAUUACCAAAAAUUGAGAAAGGUGCCGAUUUUCUUCCCCAAAGAAUUAAGGUAUAAACUUUGUUGGCCGUCCAAACAACAGCUUUUUCCAACUUCUUAGAAAACAUUUCCUUGAAAAAUCGGAAAAAGUUCUAUACAGAUUUUAGAGUUUCUUCCUUAUUCAAAAAAUGUAUUGAAAUAGUAUGCCCUGUCAAAAAAAUGAAGAUAAUAUUGUCAUUUUUUUCUGAAUGAAAAAGCUAUUUUUUUGUCGUUUUAUAAUUUCUAAGAAUUCCACUGAGAUCUUUCUGUUAAAAUAAUAUCAAGGUUCGAAUUCGGUGAUAAACCUUCUAAAACCAAAAAAAAUUCUCGUUUUUUUCUCGAAAAGGUAUGUUUCCGAAAUGAACGCGAAUGACUAAUAUCAGAAUUUUUCGGAACCUUAAAUUGAGUGCUUGAAACACGAAUGCCGUGUUCAAAGAAAUUUCGCGAAAUUCAAAAAAGCCUUCAGAGUAAGAAAAAUAUAACUAAAUUUUGGAGAGUCAGAGAUAAUUUGUGAUCUUGCGGAAAUUACUUUGAACACGCCUUGAACAACUUUUUGAAUUUUUUCCACUCGAAUAAAAUAAAUUUCGAAUUUUUCGAUCACCAUUUUCUCUUCUUUCCUUUGAUUUUCGAUUUCGAAAGCUUCUUUUUCCAGCUUCUUCUUCGGAUCGCGAUAAUUUGAUAAGGGAAAACAACUCGCCGACUUAUGGAUCCUCAGAUGCCGUGGAAGUCGAAGAUCCCAUUGAUUUAACCACUUUUGCCUCCCGGGUUCAGGUUUUUUUUUUCAAAUUUGUUUUUCUUUUAAUUUUGGAAAGUUUUCAGCUUCAUGUUCCUGGAAAUACGCUCUUCAUAUCGGAAGAGGAUGGUAGAAUCGUCGAAAAAUGGAUUGAGCCUAGGUUAUUUUUCUAGGAUCAUAAAAAAAGGAAAAAAAAUUCGAAUUCAAGAUAGAAUUCCAUAGGAAAGGUUCAGAAAGUAACAAGGUGAAACGUAAAAAAAUGAAUAAAUAGAGUUCCUGCUUUUUUUGGAUCCCAUGAAGUUUUGGGACAUGUAGGUCCCUUUAUUCAAAAGUUUAUUCGGAAACCGUUUCUUAAGUUUUUAAAAAAAGUUGUUUCAUUUCGAAUAGUUAUUUGGUGACCUCGAUCAAAAUAGGACUCAAAAUAUUUUUUAUAAGGGUUUUUAAAUUCGUUAAGACAUUAGAUGAUGUGAAUGUAAGGUUGAUUUGAACUUUGUAAAAAAACGGAUAACCAAAGUGAAAUUGAAAAAAAAAAACGAAUUUAAUGGUUUUUACCCUCAUCUCUGUUGCGGUGUUCAUAUCAAGUUCUGAGAAAUUCGAAAUAAUCUCUGACUCUUGAAAAUUCACUUAUCGUUUUCACUCUCGGACAGAGAUUUCGAUUCCGUUUUAUUAAUUUACGAAAAGAAAACAUAACUAUAGCCUCAAGCGAAGAUCAUUGAAAAAUUCUAGAAAAAAAAAGAUUUUUAAUACCUAAUAGCUUCUUUGAAAGAUCCGUUUCCAGCUGUCUGAACGAGAUCAAAAUGUCGGCGUCGGCUGUCUCUGACCAUCUGCCCAUAAACGUCGCGAAAAUGUUCGAAAAGGCGCUGAAAGACGCUCCGGAAUCGACUUCCUCUUCACAAGAAUCCUCGACUCGUCCCCAUAAUCCAGUUCGAACCACUCAACCUACGGGCGCCGUCAUCGAAACUUGA